AUGCCUUACGCCUGUUUGAUAAUAACAUUUCUACACACUAUCUUGGGAUAUGAAAACAUUGCUUUAAACAAACCAACACACCAGUUACAUGCGUAUAUUUAUAAGAAAUAUGGAACAGCUCCAUUCGACUCUAGUAAUGCUGUAGAUGGUCUAAAGUCUGACCUUUCACCCUACAAAGGUCAAUGUGUCAUAUCAGCUAAUGGAUACAAAACUGCCACCUGGUGGGUAAACCUGACAUCAGUCUACAGCAUUCAUGAUAUAAGAAUAUAUUAUAGGACCGACAAUGCACCAUGGGGUGCAUCAAAUGGCUACGCGACAAGGUUUUUGGGAUUUUAUGUUUAUGUUUCUAACACAACGAACAGAAUGGAUGGUCAUUUAUGUUUUCAUGACACGAACUACAGUAGAGCCACGAUCCCGGCCGUCCUUGAUAUAGCAUGCCCUGUACAUGGACAGUACGUCAUCUACUACAACGAGAGGCCACAGAAUACAUCAUAUUCCAAUCAGUAUUCAACAGAUGCACACAAUGAAUUAUGUGAAGUGGAGGUCAAUGGUUGCAAUAAAACAGGAUAUUAUGGGACAGACUGUUCCCUUCCGUGUCCUUGGAACUGUCGUUACUGUCACAUAGAAACAGGUGCUUGUCGAGGAUGUAAACCUGGUUACAAAGGACGUAAUUGUGAAUUACGGUGUGAUGGAGGACGAUAUGGCCAGGACUGUGGCCUUGCUUGUGGAGCCUGUCUUGGUGGCAGACAAUGUCAUCACAUCAGCGGUUCCUGUCUGGGAGGCUGUGACGCUGGGUAUAAAGGACGGCUUUGUAAAACGGUAUGUUUGCCAGGAACAUUUGGUAAAAACUGUAAAGGAAAUUGCUCUCAGAAUUGUGGAAAACCAGGGAAAUGUUUUGCCAGAACUGGGGUGUGUGUUGGGGGAUGCCAGCCCGGAUGGGAGGGGCCUCAAUGUCAAAAGGUUUGUAAAGAACAGAAGUAUGGUGAGAACUGUAUCCAUUUAUGUGGAUUUUGUCGGAACUCUACCUGCGAUCUUGUUGAUGGAUCCUGUAUGCGAGGGUGUGCCGCGGGUUAUCAAGGACCACUCUGUAAUAAAGUAUGUCCUGGAGGCUAUUAUGGGGAUAAUUGCAAUAAAGAGUGUAGCCUCUUCUGCAAGACAUCACGUGACUGUCACCACGUGACCGGUCAUUGUACAGACGGAUGUACAGGAGGGCGGCGGGGAGAGCAGUGUUUACAAGGUUGUUGA